AUGAGCAAUUCAUAUCAAAAUAUUCAAGACGACGCUAGUGAUGUUGUUAUAAUUGGGGAAUCACCUGGUUUCAAGAUACAACCAUCUCAAGUCAGUUACCAACCAUCACCUCAACAAUACCAAACUCCAAACUACCAAGGUAACAAUAAUAAUUUCCAAGGCAACAAUAAUAAUUAUCAAAGUAAUAAUAAUAGUUUCCAAACCAGCAGUCAGAAUUUCCAAGGUCAGAAUUAUAACCAACAAAACUUUCAAGCAUUAAAUAAUGUAACUCCACAGAAAAAUCGUGGUUAUGCUAAUAUAAACGUAUCCCCAAGUAUUCAAGGUCAAGGAUAUAAUCAGUUCACGUCACCACCUCGGCAACAGAAUUAUCGAGCUGCAUCUCCUCGUUUCCAAUCACCAGGAAGGGGAGGGCAUCAGCAAUUCAACUUAUCACCAAGACAACAGAACCCUCGACCUUUAUUAAGUGCUCAGCAGUUACAUGAAAUUUUAAACAGCCCUAAAGGCAAGAGGUUGACACAACAGCAAAGAAAUUACUUAAUUCAACAGCAAGCAUUGAGAGAAAAACAACUACAACAAGCAGCAACACCUCCAAGAUCUGUUGCUCCCCCAAGACAAACAACUCCAGUUGCCGUACGUUAUCAGAUUAAUAAUUCACCUAGUUAUACAGCACCAUUGGAGAGAAGACCAAGUCAGGAAACAAACUUUGUGCCUCCAGUUGCUGAUCCAUUUAAAAAUUUGCCCCGGGAACCUGUCACAAUUGAUCUGGUUGAACCUGACCGAGAGCAAGAGAAUCAGAGCGUUACAUCACCCCCUUUAUCAAUGGAAAGUUCUGAUAAUGCUAGUGGUAACUUGAUGUCAACACUUGAUGACCUCAAUAGGGAGAAACAAGAAGAGCUCAAUGCAGUUUUUGCUGAGACAAAUACCGAUAUAGAAACGGAUACAGCUGAUGAAAAUGGAAAUCCAAAUGAUAUUAAUGUUUUGAAUCCUGCAAAUGAUACUAUAAAUAAUCGGCAAUCUCCAGACCUAACAACAAUGCCAUUAAGGCAACCUUCAACAGAAUCAGUAGUUCCCAAGAUUAUGGAAGAAAUCAUGAUUGCAAAGCAAGAAAAAACAGAUUCUGAUGGGGAAACUGAAGAUGUUUUGCCCAAAUUAGGAGAUAAAAUAGAUGAUACACCAUCUGUUUCAGAUAUUGCAAUGGAUAAUACUGAAAAGAACAAAGAUGGAGGUGUUCUUAGUGAUGCAAGUAACAGCUCUAACAAUCAAGAUGUGGUUAAGAAGCGAGGGAGACCAAAAAAGACACCAUUUCCGUUUGUUGAUGAAUCUGAUCCUGGCAUAAGGGCUUUGAUUGAAAACGGUCUAGAUGACCCUUACUCUCCCGAGGUUGAUGCUGAUGAUGAUGAAGACUACUGCCCAAAACCCAAAAAACGUAGAUCCAAAGUUCAUAGCAAACCUCUUGUAAGGCCAUCAAGUACUGAGACAGCAAAUACAACGUCUGACAGUGGUAUUGGAACAUCUGUUAGCUCAAAUGACCAUGCUGAUGAUGCUCAAGCUUUUGGGUUGGAUGUGCCUGCAAGUGAUCGACAACUUCGUGUAAAACUAACUCAAGUUUUAUCCACCCAAAUACCAGAAACUGUAACAGAUAAUAAUAAUCCACCAGAUGGAAGUAAAGAAAAUUCUGAUGGUGAACCGUUAGCUAAAAUUAAGCCAUUGAUCUUGAGACUUCAUCAUCAAAAGUUUUCAGAGGAUCGCAGAUUCAAGACCUUUAAAAAUCUUUCUACAAGUGUUCGAAAAGCCAAGUUGCAUGCUAAACGCUCAAAGAAGAAAUUAUUGUCUCCAGAAAAGGUUCAAAGUGAAGGUUUGCAAGAUGCAAAUGUAACUGAAGUUCCAAUGAAUGAAGACCAAAGUAACCUUGAAACAAGGUCAGACACUACUGUAAAGAAACCAUUGAGGGAAAAAAGAGGGCGUAAAAAGAUCCAAACUAAACCUGUGACAGUUAAAAGGGGAAGAGGAAGACCUAGACUCAGAAAAGCAUCCCCUCAGAAGAAGAAGGAUUUAACUAAUGAUUCUUCUGUAGCUGUUAGCCAUCCCACAGGUUUGGUUUGGCUCUCAAAAGAAACAAAAAAUAAAAAUUUGAAAUCAGACACUACAAGGGAACCUUGUACUGAAGAAAUUACAUCACUGCCUUCUAAAUAUCCAUCUCGAAGCUUAACACCACAAGCAAGGUCUGAAAUUUCACUACCACCUCCAGUCUUACCUUCAGAACUUCACUUACUGCCAUCAAUUGUAGCACCACAAGAGAAUCCUCCAGAUAUAAGUGUAGCUUAUGUAGAUCAGAAACCACUGGCUUCAACCAGUAAGCUUGACGAGGAACCCAUCAGUCCACCUGUAUAUGAUUCUACAAGUCGAAGACCAUCAGAAUGUUCUAGUACAAGAUCUUCAAAGAAACACAAUAAGAAGAAGGCCAAUAACAAUGGAGUGGCAAAGGAAAUAGAAGCUGUGGUUUCUGGUCUAUUUGGUGAAAGUUUUAUGAAUAUGUCAGAAUCUUCUGGAUAUACUGUAAAUAUAACAUUUGAUGUGGAGAAGAAACCUCCUUUUCCUUGUGACAGCAAUGGAACUCAAGCUAAAAGUGAAAAAACAGAAGAGAGUGGAACUAAAAAUUUACGAGAAAGGAAACAAAAUUUGGAAAAAUGUAACCCAAACUUUUUUACCAAUAGUGAACUGUGUGCAAUUUUACAGAAACGUAUCACAAAUCAUCCAGGAAUUGGUUCUGACUUGAAAGCUGCAUAUAGUGACAGUAUACAACACGUCCAAAGACUCUUAGAUGGCAAUUCAAAAUGAUAUUUUUUAAAGCAUUUAGUAAGCUUACUAUUUCAUGAUGGUUGUUGGUUUCUGUGUGAGAGUUAACUAAGGAUACAUGAUGUAAGAGGAUUCAGAUGUAUAAAUUAGGAAGCCAUUGCUCUGGAAAGUCGAGAAGGAAAUUCUAGUUCAAGUCUAUCGUCAGUGAACUUGUAUCAUUAACGAGGUUGUUGCUUUCAGUUUUCUCUGUUGGAAAUCUCAAGUUCUGGAUAUAAUGGAUCUCCAGCCAGACAUGACUGGUAAAUCUGGCUGAAUAGAGUAAUCUAUGGG